AUGGCGGACUCCGGAGACCUGCAGGGCCGGACUCCCGGAGGCCGGACCGAUCGACGGCUCGGGCAUGAGCCUGGCCGCCCGGAAGGGGGUCCGGGUGACGGGGAAGCAGGCCCCCCCGGGGGACUGGAGCAGCAGGAGCGGCGGGCCGGCCAUCCUUCACCCCCCAACCGGGCCCCCGGCCGGCGGACGACCUCCGGACGGAGGACCCGGCCGGGUCGGGGGACUGGCCCGGAGCGGCCCGUCCCGGCCGGGCCGUCCUGCGGCGAGGCCGGCGUGUCCAGGCAGACCAUGGAGGAGCUGAAGAGCCUCCUGAGGGACAGUCCCCUGCUGAGCGUCCGGGGGGAUGACGGGGGGCCGGCACGGCCCUACUCCUACCUCCACGGCGGCGGCGGGAGAGCAGACAGGAGCCCCCCCAGGGCCUUCAGCACCUUCAAACCUCAGGCGGACGCUUCCAGAAGGGGCCCCGAGUCCAGGGACAGCGCGUCCAUUCAGGGGCCCGAGUCCAGAGACAUUGCGUCCAUUCAGGGGCCUGAGUCCAGAGCCAGCGUGUCCAUUCAGGGGCCCCCCGCCGCGGAUUCAUCCAGCGCUUUCAGGGCUAGCGCUAACACAAAUAGGCAACCCGGAGGCAGGACACACACAUAUUCCAGCGCCGGCUCCUGGGGACAGACUGGAGCUUCUCAUUCAGAAGGAGAGAACGGAGUGGUGGAGAUCUCAGGGAACCAGCGGUUCAUCGCAGCCAUGGAGCAGAUCAAGCAGCAGAUCGCCCGCGAGAACAUCAACUUCGUACCGCUUCGAGCCACCGACCUGCACGCGUGUCCGCGCGCCGAAGACCUGUCCCUGUCCCGCUUCUUCCAUGAGAAAGCCGUCUACGGAGUUCCGAUGCCACGAAGUUACCUUGAGUUGACCUUGAGCCCGAAGAGCAAUGAAGUGGACCACGCCAACGCCGCCAACUUCAGCAGCGAUGUGCUGCUGAUCCCCGACCUGUCCACGUUCCGGGUGCUGCCGUGGGCGGAGCAGACGGCGCGGGUGAUCUGCGACCCGUGCACGGUGACGGGCAGCCCUCUGCGCACGUCGCCGCGCCUCAUCGCCAAGCAGCUGCUGGGGCAGCUGCAGAGCCUGGGCUUCUCCCUGCACUCGUCCUUCACCUACGAGUGCUGCGUCCUGGGGGCGCCGGACCGCAUCGGGCCCAAGACCCUGCUGUUCCCCGCCACCACCCUGCUCAGCAACCACGACCUGCCGUUCUUCCAGCAGCUGGUGGACAGCAUGUACUGCAUGGGCGCCGACAUAGACAGCAUGGCGUCUGCCAGCGGGCCCGGCCAGAUGGAGAUCAACCUGAGGCCGGAGUUCGGGAUAGCGGCUGCGGACAACCGCUUUACUUUCCGCACCGGCAUUAAAGAAAUGGCUCGGAAGCACAGCUACAUCGCCAGCUUCUUCACCGACGACGGCCUGUACAAUGCCGGCGUGCUGUCUCACAGCUUGUGGGACGCUAACGGCCGCCGCAGCCUCUUCCACAGUGCCGAGAAGGCGGGCGAGAUGUCCGAGAUCGGCAGGAAGUGGCUGGCCGCCUCCUGACUCCACUCCGCCGCCCUCAGCUGCCUGAUGUCUCCCGGUCUGGGCUGCCGCAGCCACAUCGCCAAGACCGUCAAAGACCCCAAGCGGCUGCUGUACGCCACCUGCGGCAGCAACGACAACAGCAGCUCCUUCAACAUCAAGAGCCACGGCGGCAGGGAGACGCACAUCGACAACAAGCUGGGCUCCGCCAUGGCCAACCCCUACGUCGUGCUGGCCGCCACCGUGGCCGCUGGGCUGGACGGGAUCCGCAGGAACCUGAACGUGGAGAGCGGCCUGAACCGCGCUCCCAGCCAGCAGAGGGACUUCGCCAUUCCCGUCAAGCUGGACGACGCCCUGGAGGCGCUGGGGGAGGACCACGUCAUCCGCAGCGCCCUGGGAGAACCCUUCGUUCAGUAUUUCAUCGCCAUGAAGAAGUUCGAGAUCGAGACCCAAGAACUGGAUGACGAACGGAACAAGUGCUUGGAGUAUUUCAUCUAG